CUUUUAUCUCAAUCAAGAGCCCUAUUUCCAACAUGUUGACCCUUCUAACUGCUCUUCUUCCAUAUGCCUUCCUUCCCACUGCUUAUGGCGCCUGUAUCAACGCCAGCUCCAACCCCAAGGCAGUGUACACCAUGACCAAUGAUGUCCCCAAUAGUAUCUUGGCUUUUGCUGUGUCCACAAACCUCAGCCUGGAAAUCCCCGUGAGCGUAGCCACAGGUGGAAAUGGCGGCCAGAGCAUCGCCAAGGGCGUCCCCAACUAUCCUGAUACAUUGGCCAGCGGCCAUAGCGUUGAGGUGUUUGACCGGUACCUGUUCAACGUCAACGCCGGCUCCAACUCGGUCUCCAUGUUCGAGAUCGCCAUCACCGACCCAACACAGCUACGUCUGCUCGGGGCCUUCCCUGCCCCCGGUGACUUUCCAGUUUCGCUGGCUGUUGCGCACUCUAUUGUCUGUGUCGGCUUCGCGGGCGCCCGCACCGGCGUCAGUUGUGCCCCCUGGGAUUCCACGGGCAUCGGUUCCUUUGACCUCAUCCGUCCUACGGCAAGCAACGACACCCGGCAGGUCACUCCACCAGAUGUGAGCUUUGAUAUUGCCUGUCUGACGGACAUUCUCUUCACGGGCGAUGGUUCCGCUCUGGUCGCCGUCGCGACGGGCUCCAAUAUCUCCACGGACAGCACUCUCACUGUCUGGCCCCUGGAUUACACAACCGGCCAGCUUGCGCUUGAGGAGAGCGGAAGGGCUUCCCUACCAGGCAUUCGGGUUGGCUUCAGCGGCGCCAGUCUCCCCGGCACGUCGCAGCUUUUCCUCACCGACGGUCUCACAGGGGCUUUUGUUGUUGACACUGCUUCCCUCUACCAUGGUGAUGAUGAUGAUGAUGAUGAUGAUGAUGAUGUUUUGCUGUCACAUACUGUUGUGCCUGGUCAGAUCGCCUCUUGCUGGGCGCAGGUGCAUGAGGAAACAGGGCUGGGUUUCAUUGCCGACUCAAACCUCAACCGCUUCGUCCAGGUGGACGUCUCAACCGGUGAGAUCCGACGCACUUUCAAUUCAACCAACGGAAAUGACGGCUAUCUCGAUGUGAAGAUUGUGGGAGACACUCUCUUUGCGCUCGGGGUUCGUGAACAGCCUCGAGCCAAGUUCAUCAGUGUCUUUGAUCUGGCGGGGGAUGUCGGCGAUGUUGAGAAUGUGCCUAUUCCAGGAGGUGAUGUGUUGGGCAUGGGGUUGGCUGUGUUUGUCUGAUAUGUAUUCCAUAGGAACUCAAUAUCAACCAAUAUAAG